AGAAACAAAACGUUGUCUUCUUGUGUCCUUGUCCGAAGUUGUAGUUCGGUAACAAGUCUUUCGCUUCCAUUUCUUCUUCCCACCUUUUCUCUCUCUCUCUCUCUCUCUCUCUCUCUCUCUCUCUCUCUCUCUCUCUCUACCGUCCUUCUAGGGUUUCUUUGAUCACAUUCAAAUUUGUCGCCUUUAAUCUCAAUCCUGUAAGAAUCAGAGGAUAUGGAUUCCAAUUGGAUCAAUUGUCCCUCUGUUUUCUCCUCAUCCUCUUCUUCUUCCAGACGCUGUCAAUCCCGAUCAGACUUGUAUUUAGGAGGAGGGUACGAGGAUCUUGAAGGAGAAGACGAUUUGAAGGCAGAGUUUAUAUGCCCUUUUUGCGCUGAAGAUUUUGACAUUGUUGGGCUUUGUUGUCACAUUGAUGAAGAACAUCCUGUUGAAGCCAAGAAUGGGGUUGAUCAGUUCUUUGCCUUAGUUGUGAUCCAAUGCUGCAAUUUCUGGUUUAUACCUUGUGAAUCCAAUCUUGGAAUAUUUCGUUUAUUCGGUCGGUCUGUCCUGUAUGCACUAAGAGGGAGAAGGUUGCGAAGAGGAGGAUAUAGCUCUACCUAUCUCGCCUUGAAAAAGGAACUCCGGGAAGCAAACCUACAGUCUCUUCUUGGUGGAUCUUCAAGUUUCACUUCUUCAACCAAUAUCGAUUCUGAUCCGUUGCUGUCAUCCUUUAUGUUUAAUUCUCCUUCAGUGAACCAGUCUGCAAACAAAUCUGCUACACCUGUGACUGUAGGAAACGCGGCUACAAAAGUCUCGAUUAAGGAAUCUCUCAAAAGAGACAUUCAAGAAGCUCCACUUUCAGGUGAAGAUCAGGAGAAGGCGAAAAAGAGUGAGUUUGUGCGAGGCUUGUUGUUGUCAACCAUGCUUGAAGACGAUUUCUAAUUUCUCGUUAUAAAUCCAUUGCCUUGUUGUGGUUGGUGCAUGAGACUUGAGGAUCUCAGGUUGGAAUUGUUAGGAGUGGUUUCAAUGUAUGAUGCAAAAUAUUGUAAGUUAUAAGAGGAUGCAGAGUUGCAUCCAUAUAUAAUUGUCAUUUGUACCUUGGAACCUUUAUGUGCAUAACCGGAAACAGAGUACUUUCCUUUC